GCCGUCUUCAAAUACCAAAGAUACAUAACAACAGAUUCCGCUGUAGUACUCAUAGAAAUAAGUGUGUCUAUAUAUUUCUAUGGUAGUACUAGUACAGAGGCCACAGCGCAGACUUUAUAAUUGACGUUAUUUCACAGUGAGACAGCAGGCAUACUUUGGCAAUGCAAAUACUUUCAUUGCAGUGGCAGUCGAUUAGACACAAAGUGGAACUCGAGGCAGGCAUCCAGUACUAACUUUCGUCAGUCUACCCUCCUAUGGCUAUGAUGAUGGCACUGGAUCCUAUCGGUGGUUCAUCCGUCUACUACCGAUGCACGGCAUGCUGGGAGUGUUUCUUCACAGUGAACGACUUUAGUGUUCAUGCGCAGACCGCCCACUGCAAGCUGCUCAUCUGUGAAGGCCACAACUCUGCCCUUGAUGAACAGAACCAGCAUCCUUGCGAGCGUUCAGUCGACUAUUCGGUGCUCGUGCAACCGAAGUUGGAGCCAGUGUCCGAUGCUGUGGAUGAGUAUAUAGAGCUGCAGUAUGAUUCUGACAUGGCAGGUGGAACGGCAGUUGAUCAUGGCGAAUCUCUAGGUAUCGUUGAAGGUCGCAGCAAUGACGAGCAUGUGAUGAACUGGCUACAGAUGCUGUCCGGAGAGGGGACAUCGUUUCAAGCCCCACCGUCGCUGCCGCCGCACGAGGAGGAGGAGACUGAGCACGUUGAAGCUAGUGAUAUGAAUCCGAGCUUGGAUGCGGCCAUGGUGAAUAUAGUGAUUCCACGUCCACAGCCAUUGUCAUUGAAAAGGAGGCGAAAGAGAAAGGUCGUAUUCACACGCCAUAAAGGAAUAUCUCACUCGAACCGAGCUAAUAGCUCAAUGUUACUUGCAAAGAAGGCAGCAGCAAGAAAAGCAGCAAGAGAAGAACAAAAAGAAGCUGCUAGAAAAACAGCAGAAGAAAUAGUAGAGCAAGCAGUGUUUGUUAGACAGGACAUACAUCCUGCCUUGGAUGUGGACACAUCCACCUGCAAUGGCCCUGAUGGCAACGGGCAGUUGAAGAACUGCUCCAGGGGACACCCAGAAAAUGAAAGGAAGCCGGGAACAUAUGGCUGCUCCUUGUGUAUUUCUGACAACGUUUAUGAUGGCAUAGAAACGUUGUUUCGUCAUCGGUUUGAAGUUCAUGGGUGUACAAUCCCUCAAAAUGUGUUGACUAAAUAUGAGAAGAAGAAAUUACCAAAAUCAAAAAGGAUUAUGUGCAACUUGUGCAGGACAAUUCUUAAGAGCAUGUCAGGGUUUAUGGAACACAAAAAGUCUAAGAUGCACUUAGCUGCCAUUGCAGGGAUAGAAAAGCAGAUGCAGCAUGCUGAGUCAACCUCACGCUUGAACAAAAAUUGGAUCUGUGGUGUUUGUGGACAGACGUUUGAGACUAGAAAUGUGCUGCAAUCUCAUCAGUGUCCAAUUUCGAAAAAUUGACUAAGAGAACGAGAUGCAACAGACCAAAGCUUUCCUAAAUAUUUGAUCAGUGAUAAUUUUUCCACGGAUUUUGUACUUUUGUAGAUGUUGUAAUAAUAAGUCUUACACGUUAAUAAUUGUCUUUAUUUUGAGAGACUUCAAAUUGGCACCCAAGCUCUGCAAUGCAAACACCGAGAGGUGGAGAAAUCCGCACAUGCGCACAGUGCUCAUGCACCAAUUAAUAUACAACAUGUAUGCGCAACCAAUACGUAUUGCGUAAAAACCAAUGGACUGUUUCAACUGCAGUGCUUUUAUUGAAUUUUAACAAGCAAGCAAUAGUGUCGCCAAAUUUAUAUGAAAACGGUAAUGAAAUCUAGUGUAUUCAUUGCUAUCUAGCUGCUCUUAGUAAGUGUAUGCAAGUACCAAAUGGUAUUCGUGUUGCUUUCGUUAUAUGUAGUUGUUACUGUUUGUGUGUCAAAAUGUACACGGUGUAAUUCCCAUGUUUAUUCUUGUAGAUUGUAACAAGUACUAACAACUAUUUGGUUAGUUACUCCAACAAAGACACGCUCACAGGUGUGUCAGAGCACAAUGAUAGCCUCUCACACUCACAUUCAUCCCGAGCCAAUUUUAAUCUUAUUUGUGCUAAAUCAAGUUGUUUAGUUGAGAGUUGGUGUUCAGUUCACACUCCAAAUGUUUGUCAGAUUCAAGGCUCUAAAGCUGAGCAAAAUAGGUUAGAUAAUCCAUCAACCUUUCAUUUUCUGUAUUUAUUUACUUGUCAUGAAAAAGCUUCUUAUGAGACCAAAUUUAUUUGCUGAUUGCAGACGUCCUAAGUCUCCCCGUCUCACCGGGAGACUCCCGGUAUGACACGCUGCUCCCGGUGCCCCGGAAUGAGGUCAGAAGCUCCCGGUUUGUAAAAUUUUUCAGCC